AUGAUCUGUGCUGACCUGAUCAACGGAGCCAUGAAGCAUAAGCUAAGUGUCAAGGGUCCAGUGCGCAUGCCCACUAAGAUUCUACGCAUUACCACCCGUAAGACACUUUGCGGUGACCUUAAGACACCUUUAAAAACCUGGGAUCACUUCCAGAUGAGGAUCCACAAGCGCGUAAUUGAUUUGCAUUCACCCUGCGAGAUUAUGAAGCAGAUUAUGUCAAUCAACAUCGAAGCAGGUGUGGAAGUUGAGGUCACCAUCGCCGACGCGUAG